UUUCUUUAGAGAGAUGGCGGAUUAGGGGGGUUGAGACUGGUUUCAUAUGUCGACAGAAUAACGCACACGGGAGCAGGGAAAGAGAGAGAGAGGAAGACAGAAGGAGAGGAGAGAAGAGAAGGAGGGGGUUAAGUUCACAAAUUCAAGGAGUUGCAGUUUGAUGGCGUUGUCGGAAGUUUCAAAGAAUGGGGAAAAUAACUAGCCCGCGGGGGAUCAUAAAGGCGAAAUUGAUGACAAAGCCACCAAUAUACAUCCAAGGAUUCAAUUAAUGUUGGAAUGACGAGUAUAAAGAACUUUGAUGACGCGGUUUGAAUGUAGUUGAAGAAGAAGCUGAGGUUGCAUUAUUUUGGAUUCGCGUUUCCAGUGGAAAUCGGGACGGAGGAAAAAAAAUGUGGCAGACAGAUACAGAAGGAACGAUGUGAGCUGAGACGAGCGGUGACUUUUAUAAUAUUUCAAUCACUUUUGGUUUUGCGCAUUGUCUUUUUUUUUUUUUUUUUACGUUUCUUUUUCAAGAGCGGGUCGAACGGAGGAAAACUUUUGUUGAUUCCAGAAUGGGCAUGGACUUUUAUCGAAAUGUCAGCGGUAGUUUUGCCGUUAGUUUUCUGGUAACCUAUUUGAAUACAAUCUUGAAAGAAGAUACUCUGUAGCCGACCUCUUCUCACAAGAAUGUCUGAUUUUAAGAGAGAUGCAGCGAGCCGUUAUUGGACGCAACAAUGAGGCCUUACUGUAUUUCUAUUGCAACAAUUGCCAUAAUCGGUAUCCUUGUGGAUUGCAACCUAAAUUCAUUUUCAUUGUAUUUUGCCGUGAAAUAAAUCAAUAACAUGUUGACAUCAUUUAGAGUUAAGACAAAUAAAAUCAAUAUCUAUUUGAUGACUUUGUUCCGUUGUUGGUAAAGAUUUUGAUCGCGUUUCCACUCGUACUGUACAGCUCACUCAGGAGGACUGCAUUUUGGUGGAUGAAAGAUUGGAGACCCAUUCUACUGGGGGUCUGGCACGGGACAACGACUCGAAUCAACGCACCAGUCCCGGGGACAGGCUGCUCGCUCGAGCGCCCGGUGGUCGCCCUACAUGACACUCUGCACUCAGAAGAUCCGGAUUUUUAAGGAUUUAACUCAAUAACCCUGGAAUCUAAUCUGAUUUACUUUUUUUUGUGAGAUAACCCGCAUCGUAUCCUGUGUAGGCUAUGCUAUGCCUGUGUAAACUGUGACCAGGGCAGGUAUGCAGUUGAACCGGCCGAAGAGCACUUUAGUGACGAGCUUCAGCCCGCCGAUGGUCCCGGAGACAGCAGCCAGUAGGAGUACCAGCACGGUUUCCUUCUCCAGACAGUUCAAAACAAUGCGCUUCUCCUACCACAUUAGCAGCGGCAUGCCAAGUCCACAACCACCGCUGCGCCGGAUACGCCCGUCCUCUUCCAGUCCUCGGCUGAUGACUAAGAGCCUGUCUCUGGAUCCUGGUGCUCACGGUGCCUGCCUCGGGGCCCAUGCCGAUGACUCAGACACCCAGACCCCUCGCCUCAGCUCAGACCCCGGAUCCCUAACCUCCGGGUCCCUUGGUCUGCACCCAUCCAUGCCCCUGCUGUACCCAGCUGGACACGGCUGUAACGGAGGAGACAACGGGAGUGGAACUCCUCAGGAAGUGCCCUCCACCGCCCUCAAGAGACGCCCUCCUUUACCUGGGCCUAAACCACAAGUGCCCCCAAAGCCUCCUCACCUGCAGCAGAGUGCUGGUGCUCCUAGGCCCUGCCCCCGCGUCCCGGACAAGCCCCUCCCACCUCCCCCACCCUGCAGACCUCUGCCUGCAGACCCCAGAGGGGGAGGACCCUGCCGGCCGCCGACACUCCCCCGCGCCGAGGGACGCUCCUCCCCCACCGCCUGUGUGCUCUCCCUCAUUGAGAAGUUUGAGAGGGAGCAGAUCAUUGUGGUGCCUGAUAUCAUGGGAGGGGGCCUCUGCAACCCCAGGGUCCCUGAGACAGGACCAGGUGGGGGCCCCUUCUCUCCCCCGCCUGUCUCAGAGCUCACUCUCGGCUGUCUCCACGUGGCCUGCCCUCCUGGUUCCUCUCGAGAGCUGGAUGACCUACCUCAGGGGCUGGCUGUGUUGUCUGGCGUGGUGCUGGGAGAGAAAGCAGGAGAGACAGACAACAUGGAGGAGGAUAAUGAUAAAGAACAGGAACUAGGAGCGUUGUGCUCUGCCUCUGACAAGCGCCUGUCCAUGGAGUCCGGUUAUAGCGCCUCAGAGAAACUCACAGACGCCGUGGAGAUAAGGGGGCAGGCGGAGCCAGAAAGCCAAUCAGGGAUCCCCUCUGACAACUUGUCCCUCCUCCAGCCGCAAGCGGACGGCAAACUGGCCAAUCGGGACUCUGGCAUCGACAGCAUCAGCUCUCCGUCCCACAGCGAGGAGCUGUGUUUCGCCGGCGACGAGGACCGGGUCAUCUUCCCCUGUAGUCCCGCCCUCACGCUGCCACGCCUCUCUAGCUCCUCCUCCUGCAGCUAUGCGGAGGGCCCGGGGGGAGAGGGGGCGUCGGCUGAGGGUGGGGGGGAUUCGGAGGGGGACAGUGACUUGGAGGAGGGAAGCGGGGAUGAGACCAUUGAGCUCAUCAACCCCAUGAUGGAUCUCCAACCUCUGGCACUGGCCCUCCCUAAAACAGACAGACAGGACUCUACAGAGCUGUCGGUGCAGCAGCGUGUGUUCAACAUUGCCAAUGAGCUCCUCCACACAGAGAAGGCCUACGUGUCUCGGCUGUACCUCCUGGACCAGGUGUUCUGCUCCUCCCUCCUAGAGGAGGCGCGCUCCCGCUCCUCCUUCCCUCUAGACGUGGUCAUGGGUAUCUUCUCCAACAUCUGCUCUAUAUACUGUUUCCACCAGCAGUUCCUGCUCCCCGCCCUGGAGAAACGCAUGGCAGAGUGGGAUGUGAACCCGCGCAUCGGGGACAUCCUGCAGAAGCUAGCCCCCUUCCUGAAGAUGUACGGAGAGUACGUGAAGAACUUUGACCGGGCCAUGGAGCUGGUCAACACCUGGAUGGAGAGGUCGUCCCAGUUCAAAGCCAUCGUCCACCACAUCCAGAGAGAGGAGCGCUGCGGUAACCUGACCCUACAGCACCACAUGUUGGAGCCAGUUCAGAGGAUCCCUCGCUACGAGCUGCUGCUGAAAGACUACCUGCACCGUCUCCCUGGCGACCAUGAUGACUUUAAGGAUGCACAGAAAUCUCUGGAGUUGAUCGCCACAGCGGCAGAGCACUCCAACACUGCUAUCAGAAAGAUGGAGCGUAUGCGUAAACUGCUGAAGGUGUAUGAGUUGCUGGGAGGAGAGGAGGACAUCGUUAACCCUACCAACGAACUCAUCAAGGAGGGACACAUCCUCAAACUGUCGGCUAAGAACGGCACCUCACAGGACAGAUACCUCAUCCUGUUCAAUGAUAGGUUAUUGUACUGCGUCCCUAAACUGAGGUUGAUUGGUCAGAAGUUUGGGGUGAGGGCCAGGAUUGAUGUGGAUGGGAUGGAGCUGAAGGAGAGCAGCAGCGUUAACGUUCCCAGAACCUUCCUGGUGUCUGGGAAACAGCGCUCACUAGAGCUCCAGGCCAGGACUGAAGAAGAGAAGAGAGAUUGGAUCCAAGCUAUCCAGGCCACUAUCCAAAGACAUGAACAGACGCUCGCCACAUUCCACCAUCUCAACUGUUCUCUCCGAGAUGAGGACUACACUCCUCCCAACUCACCUAACUGUAAUGAGCUGGGGAAGCGUGCCCCCACUCCGAUCCGUGAGAAGGAGGUGACUCUGUGUAUGAAGUGCCAGGAGCCGUUCAACUCCAUCACCAAGAGACGUCACCACUGCAAAGCCUGUGGACACGUGGUGUGUGGAAAGUGUUCAGAGUUCAGGGCCCGUCUGCUCUACGACAACAACAGGGCUAACAGGGUGUGCAUCGCCUGCUACACCACCCUAGUGGGGGUUCCCCCCUCCCCCGCCAGUCUGACAAGCAGCACAUACAGAAGACGGUCAAUAUUAGAGAAACAGGCAUCGGUGGCAGCAGAGAACAGUGUGAUGUGUAGCUUCCUCCACCACAUGGAGAAGGGAGCAGGCAGAGGCUGGCAGAAAGCCUGGUUUGUCAUCCCAGAGAAUGAACCACUGGUGCUGUACAUAUACGGUGCUCCUCAGGAUGUGAAAGCCCAGCGCUCUGUCCCUCUGAUUGGCUUCGAGGUCUCCCUUCCUGAGUCAUGUGACCGCAUGGAACGCCGCUUCUCCUUCAAAAUCAGCCAAUCACACCUUACGCUCUACUUCAGCGCCGACGGGGAGGAGCUACAGCGCCGCUGGACAGAGGUCCUAUCACGUGCAGGGAGAGGGGAGGAGCUACAGGCUCACGGUUCAAUCAUAGAGACCCUAGAGGAGGAAGGGGAGGAGACUGCAACCUCGGGAGAAAAUACGUGAUUGGUUAGAAGGCAUAAAAUCAGUAUUAGAUCAUCUGCUGUAUACACAUAAAAACUACAAACUACAAACUACAAACUAUACAGAUCAUGAGCAGCACAUAUGCACAGUCUAAAACUUAGAAACACACACACACACACACACACACACACACACACACACACACACACACACACACACACACACACACACACACACACACACACACACACACACACACACACACACACACACACAGACAUACACACACACACACACACACACACACACACACACACACACACACACACACACACACACACACACACACACACACACACACACACACACACACACACACACACACAGAUUUACAGACACACAGACACACACCUCUCUGUAUUUAAUGUCAGUGAUCAGUCAGUUGCAUGAUAAUCUGCGGGUCCGUUUCUUUCAGUCAGUGUAUUGCUCAUCGUCUCAUUAGUGAACCAGUGUUUGCAAUAACGAAACAAUGCCAGUCGAAGGAAAGUGUUGCUCCUUCUCCUCCCUUCAGAAGAAAUACAUUACAUGAAGAUUAGUGUGUCAUAGUGAUUUUACAUCCUUUCAUUCUGAGCACAGAACAGACAUCCUCCUCUGUACCAUUUCCCAAUCCAUGUUGAUGAUGUCAUGUUUAGAACAUUGAGUGGUUACUAUGCUGUCUGAGUGUUCUAGGGUUCUGAGUGUUCUAGGGUUCUAUGGUUCCGAGUGUUCUAUGGUUCUGAACGUGUGUAACUCUCCACAGAAGGAAGUAGAAAGCUGAUUAUACCCUACAGCUGUGUUUCUGUGUCUGUUUCUCGAUGUGAAAUGGCUGUUGUUUGGAUGGUGAUGGUGAUUGUAAAUCCUAUCCUAUCUGUUACUUUCUUCCUAAUGCAAUGAGAUGAUUCCUGAAGGGCUGGACAGUGUUGGAAUAUAAUGAUGGACUGAGGGCUAACUGACCCCUGGACGGAGGGACGGACAGAGACUGUCCCUGAAUCCCUGGCCCUUUGGCUGAAGAGAAGAGGAAACGAUAUGGCUGUCUGCUACAACUGCUCGCUCCCGAGUCUGCUCUUGGGGAUGUUAAGCUACAGAUGGAGGAUCAUAAUAUGAGACAGUUUGCUACAGCUGGAAUCCUGCAGCAACAGGAAAUGUGAAUUAAUACGUGGAUUAUAAUAAAUUAACCUUUUUUUUUUUUAAGUAAGGGUUGAUAAUGAAAAUUGUUACGCCAAAUCAAGUCUGAAAUUUUAAAGUGUACAAACAAACAAACAAACAAACCUUAGAAGCGUUUUUUAAACCUUGAAUAUACUACAAGUUUGCACAAAAGAGUGAUCAAAUGAAGGUCCAUCAUCUGUAUAGCCUUACACUCUUACAGUCACCAAAUGGUAUCCUUCCUCCUCAAGCACUCUCUCUCGUCAUCAUCUGUAUAGCCUUUCCCGUCUACUCUGGGAGGAUGUGUUACACUCUUACAGUCUCCAAGUGGUAUCCUUCCUCCUCAAGCACUCUCUCUCGUCAUCAUCUGUAUAGCCUUUCCCGUCUACUCUGGGAGGAUGUGUUACACUCUUACAGUCUCCAAGUGGUAUCCUUCCUCCUCAAGCACUCUCUCUCGUCGGGUUCGGCUGUAUAGAAUUUAGAAUAUAGAAUUCCCCAAUUUGAAACUGUCCCUUAUUAUGGAAAAUAGUUUGCUUAGUUCUUAGUACCGGGGAGCAAGUUGUUUUGUACGUAGAGCGUGGAAAGAAGAUGCUGUUCCAUUACCACAGGUAACGAGCUAUUAAAAGAAGAUUUAAAAAAAUAUAUAUAUAUAUAUUAUUUUUAGAGGUUUGACUCCAAUUGAAAAAGUUACGUUUCUGGCCCCUUUCUCACUUUUGACAAUUAGACACAGUGUUUUCUAACCGUUUAAAUCCCUCGAUGCCCAUGUUAUCUCUAGAGCCAAGGGCCCACUGAUGAAUAGAGGAUUGAACCCAUCUAUAACUGAAUGCAUUCUUUAUUAAAAAGCAUGUAUUUAGUUCCUGACUUGCAGAAUCUUUCUGACUCCCUAAAACUAAACGCUUACAUUUUUUUUUUUAAGACAUCGGUCCCAAUGUCUUGACAAGUGUUACAACACACCCCUCUGCCACCUAGUGGAGACAGACAGUAUUACACUGUGUUACAACACACCCCUCUGCCACCUAGUGGAGACAGACAGUAUUACACUAAGAGCGGCUGCAAAAAGCAGGGAAUUAGUUGUUUGCCUGUUUGUAUCUGGAAGAGACAGCGUGAGGAGGUAUAGAAAGACUGAUGAAAUACACCACUGUCCAUAAAAUAAUUUCUCUUUCUAAAACAUGGUAAUAUAGCUGGAGCUUCUCGUGUCAGAGAUGUAUUUAUAAUAUUGUACUAAUGAAGCCCUUAGUAGAGACAUUGACAACGUCUUCCCAAUUUCCACCGAUCUGUUUAGACUACGGUACAUUGGGAUGUGGUUGUGCUGUUGGGUGAGAAAGCAUGUUGUGUUGACAGAUUUACAAUAGAGAGAGAGAGAGAGACAGAGAGAGUGAGAGUGAGAGAGAGAGACAGAGAGAGAGAGACAGAGAGAGAGAGAGUGUGUGCGAGAGAGAGAGAGAGAGAGAGAGAGAGAGAGAGAGAGAGAGAGAGAGAGAGAGAGAGAGAGAGAGAGAGAGAGAGAGAGAGAGAGAGAGAGAGAGGCGGGGAAGGGGGGAGACUUAAGAGAUUUCAGAAAUGGCUUCUGUUUGUAUCAUUCUAACCAGUGGUAUCUGACUUAAUGAGAGUGUUUUACUAGUUAAUACAGAGAAUGAUACAGUAUAUAUGAAACAGCAAAAAUAGAGUUUAAUAUUUUAGAUGUUUUAAUGAAUCUGGGUUGUUUAUGUAUGGUUUUUUUUUUACAUGCAUUUGCAUUGUAAAUAUAAUUUAUUCUCCUCUCGGCCCAGUUUUGUGGGUGAGGUGUAAGUCUACAUGUGUCAUUGCUGUCAUAUUGGUGCCGUCUAGAUUGGACUUCACAUUAUCGUGGUUGAACUACUUUUGGAAAUCCCAGAACUUCUACAAUAACUACUAACUACAGUAUCAGUCUGAAGAUGAUGAUGUUAAUGAACAUAACGGAAAAGGGAAUAGAUACUAGCCUGGUACCAGGUCUAUUUGUGCUGUUUUUGCCAACUCAUCCAUUAAAAACAUCCAUUGGAGUUGGCCAGACAGCACCAACAGAUCUGGGACCAGGCUAAACUGAAACGUUGUCUUUGUUUUUACCCCUAAACUAGUAACUCAACGUGGUGAUUGGUCGAAUCGAUGAAUUCCAAAGGUAUAUCUUCUUCUUUUUUUUUUAAAUACAGCUGAACAAUUGUUUUGGAUUGAUAUUGCUUUGUUAUUGGUGCUCUUUGUUGCCUGAGAGAAACAGUCAGUAGCUUAGCUACAGUAUAAUAACGCCAGAUAGACAACACCAGGUAUAAGGUGCCGUGUGUAAAUAUUGACAUUCCAGUGUGUGCUUGACUUUGCCGUCCAUCCAGCCUCUACUGUACCUAGCCUGGUACCAGAUCUGCUUGUGCUGUCUAACCUAGCCUGGUACCAGAUCUGCUUGUGCUGUCUAACCUAGCCUGGUACCAGAUCUGCUUGUGCUGUCUAACCUCGCCUGGUACCAGAUCUGCUUGUGCUGUCUAACCUAGCCUGGUACCAGAUCUGCUUGUGCUGUCUAACCUAGCCUGGUACCAGAUCUGCUUGUGCUGUCUAACCUAGCCUGGUACCAGAUCUGCUUGUGCUGUCUAACCUAGCCUGGUACCAGAUCUGCUUGUGCUGUCUAACCUAGCCUGGUACCAGAUCUGCUUGUGCUGUCUAACCUAGCCUGGUACCAGAUCUGCUUGUGCUGUCUAACCUAGCCUGGUACCAGAUCUGCUUGUGCUGUCUAACCUCGCCUGGUACCAGAUCUGCUUGUGCUGUCUAACCUAGCCUGGUACCAGAUCUGCUUGUGCUGUCUAACCUAGCCUGGUACCAGAUCUGCUUGUGCUGUCUAACCCAACUCUGUGACAACUCUUGAGCAAGCAGCACAAACAGGUCUGAGUCCAGGCCCCGCCCACUUCAUGUGCCAAGAACACAGAUUCAAAGUGUUGGUUUAAAUCUGAAUACCUAUACAUUAGGUCACGUUGAUCCCCACGUCCCCUCUAUGAAAGAAUGUUCAUGUUGAAUUAUAGCAUAUAUAUACUUUUAUCUAUCUGCACUAUAGAGUGUUGACGAGUGUCAGUCUUGUCUCCAAACAGCACAGACAACAGGACCACGACUGUCUGCGCACAUAACAAUACUGUCGAUAAAGUUUAUAUAAAUUAGUUUGCUGGGACAUUACAUUACCACGGUAACAGCUACAACAUGCCUUACAGUACAGUUUUAUAGCUUCUUAGGACAUAAUCCAGUCAACACCGCUUUAUGUCACCUCUGCUUUUGCCAAUGUACACGUGGGGAUACUACGGUACGAUUGAGGCUCUCAGUGUAACGGAUGUGAAACGGCUAACAUAGUUAGCGGUGCGCGCUACUAAAUAGCGUUUCAAUCGGUAACGUCACUUUGCUCUGAGACCUUGAAGUAGUAGGAAAUGUGUUAUAGUCUCACUGAGUGUAAAGGUCAUAAUGUGAUACAGUUAUGUCCUCUUUUCGUGAAUGACACAACAGUAUAUAUGUUUUAUUGUCAAUAGGAAUGGAGUGUCACUGUUAUUAUAAUUAUUAUUAGGAUUAUUCUUAUUACUAAUAAUAAUAUUAGUGGCAGGCCACUGGGUACCAUUGUAUGUCGAUAUACAUAUGAAAUCUGUGCAAGAUAACGAUGAAAUGUUUAUGAGUUUAAAAAAAAUAAAAGGAAGACUACA